AUGGGCAGGCAGAGGGUCAAGUUCACGUUUGAAGCUGAUCUGGUCAAAGAGCCAAUUAUCUACAUGCUGGGCCGCGACUUUCACCUGGUGACCAACAUCCGCCGAGCCGACGUGGGGGACACCUUGGGUUGGGUCGUGUUGGAGUUGGACGGCGAAAAAGAGGAAAUUGAACGGGGCCUGCAGUGGGUAAGUUCCACUGGCGUCCGAGUUGACCCAAUUAGCGGAGAUGUUUUGCAGGGCUAG